GUAUAGCCCACACAGGAAACUGUCAAACAGCUUUAGUUAGGAAACACCCCCUUCUUCUCCUAUUGAGCAGAUGAGUUGACAUUACGAGUUAGUUUAUGAGUCGACAGAUGUGCUAGAUUUUGGAGCUUAAAAGCUGAGACACAGCAGCCAGCGACACAUGAAAUCAGAAUGAACAGAAGAAAGUUGGCAACGAGUCGAAGAAAUAAAGGGAAGCAGCGUGUAAAUGACCCAGAAACACAGCCAGAUGUUGAAUCUAGAGAGGGUGUUCAGGAUGAGGCCAGGGGUAAUGAACAUCCAGAAACACACGCGUCUGCUACAAAGCAGCCUAAAGUGCAGGAAGAAGUAGCUCAAGAGAGUGAGCGUGACAUGACUGCGCCACAAGCUGCCUUCUUGGUCUCAGCCACUACAGCUGAGUACUCUGAGGAUAAAACUGGCAUGUUAUGCCCAGAAGAAGUCAAACACAUUUUGGGCUCCAAGGAUGUCAGUACGCAACCUGUUAAAGAUAAGACUAAGCUGGAAGUCAUUGAGAGUAGCAACACUCUUCAAAGUGAGGAAGUCAAUGAAAAUCUACAUGACCGUCUCCCUGAGCUAACCAGUUUAAGGGCUUCUGCAUCAGAUCAACAAAUGAUCAGCAAACAGGCAGAAGAUUUUAAUCUGUGUUCUGUGGCUGAAUUAAACAGCAGCAAGCUUGAUGACUCAGGCUUGUUCAGACAAGAUGGGCGUUUACAUGGCAACUUUUCAGUAUGUGAGUCACGUGUUAAUACAUCUAUCACGCCUCAGAUUACUGCAGAUAACGCCUUCAGAGAAAACAUUAACUUUAAUGAUGGUGUUGAACAAGAAACAUUUUUAUUUCAAACAGAGGAGUUGCCUACAAGUAAAUAUGAUCAACACUGUACACCUAAAGUCAGAGAUGCCAAGCUUUCACACGAGGUUGAAGACAAUCAGUAUGAUCAAAAUAAGUUGACACAAGAACAAGUCGAGUGUGACAAGCAUAUCUCCACUGAAGAUCUACUGUAUUUCCACAAAGAUUACAGUUCUUACUUUGAAAACCAGAAAUCUGAAUCUGAUAGUUACCAAAGUUUGUUUCUGGUGAAACGCACUGCAGUCAAACAGGAUGUUUUGACUGCAACAAAAGAAACUUCUUUGGACCAGAUGCUUCAGAGUGGCAGUCAUGUGGAGGAUAACAUGCAAACUCUUCCAUCAGUCUUUAAGGCUAUUACAGAGACUCAGCUUCACAACAGCUCUCUAACCACAGAUAACCAUACCAAGGGGGUCUUCAGCUCUGGUGCUACUAAAAGAAAAUUUGGAUCUAGUCGUAAAAAUAAAGGAAGACAUGUUAAAGACUCUGAAGAGGACAUUUUAGAAAACACUCUGAACAAUGAAUCUCUUGAAACACCAACUGUAUCAUCUGAAAUACAGGAGACAGGGAAUGAAGAAGUGAGUGAUGUCACUACUGCUGACACAAUCUUGUCUCUUUCAAAUAGAGGCUCAGUCUGUUUGGUACCGCCACAUGAUCUUUCUUCUGAAUAUCCUAAGCCAGACACAUAUAGUUUGAUAUUAACAAGUGAAAGUCAUAAAAAAGGUCAAGACAAAAUAAAUUCAGAGAUUUUAGCUGAAAUGUUUGAAAACUUUGGUGUUUCCCAGUAUGAGGUGGAUCAAUCUGACAUUCUUCACAGUGAGGACCCCAUAGAUUCUCUUUCAGAAGAUGUUCCAACAAAUCUGCAAAAAGUUGAGUUUCAUCCAACUCAAAUGCAAGAAAACCUGCAAAUUCAACAUUCAUCUGAAACUAUUCCAGAUUAUGUUGCAGAACAUUUUGAAAACAUUUCUGAAAACCUAAAUGACCGACCGGAAAUGUCUGAAUCUGCUGGGAAAAGCACUGAUGAUGUUGCCAUCAAACAGCAAGAGCAUCAAACAGAGGAAAACAUCUUGGAAUAUACACAUAGUGUAGAACAGAAAAAUAAGAGUUAUGAUUUAUAUGAUGCAAAUUCUUUACAAAUCAGUAACUUGGAAAAGUCAAACUCUACUCCUACUCAGAUUUAUGAGUUUAAAAAAGGAGUAGAGGAUGAUAUAGAGGAUAUAAAACUUACUGCAGACCAAAUGUAUCACCAGGAGAAAGGACUAUUUGAAGUAGGGGAGGAAAAUCCUGUUUUGUUUGAUUCACAGCCUCAAGAAACCUCUGGGAUUGUAGAUGAGCAACCCACCAAAGGCUUUUAUAGCAGUGUCAACAGAGGGAAACUGGGAUCUGGCAGUAAAAGUAGGGGACAACAAGAUAAACACUCUAAAGAAGAGGUUAAAGAAAAGACCAGUAAUGAAGAAACCACACAGAUUUUAGAUACUAAGAGAAUGAGCCAAGAAGAACUGAGGCGAGACAUUUUGCCAGUGUCAUAUGACAGCCCAAUUCUUUCAAUCUUUGCUCCUGGCCAUUCCUUAGAGGAUCCAGAGAGUUUGAUUCCAGGAAGUGUAGAUAUUCCAGAAAGUCAGGAAAACUCAGAAACAGACAUCAAUAUGGAUUUAUUUGAUAAAUCAUGGGGAGAGACUUUAGGGUGUCAGUCUGACAGUCAUAAGAGUAAAUCAGGGAGUCUUCAGACUAAGGAAGUCCCUGAUCCAGAUGUUGAUAUGAGAAAAGGUCAAGAACACGUGGCACUACAAGAACCAGAACCUCAGCAAAUAGAUUACACUGUUGCUGAUCAGGUGGAGAAAGUUGGAGUCUUUGUGGAAGAUACCAAACACGAUCCUUCUGACCCUCUUCUUCAUAACGAUUCUCUGAGCACAAAUGAGCAAACUGACACCGGCUUCAGUGGGAGCAGAAGCAAACUGGGGUCAAGCAAGAGAGAAAAAGGAAGACAGCAGGGUGAAAUACCUAAACAGGAAGUUUUAGAAAAUGCAAGAGAUGAUGAAAUACACGAGAGACCAACAAUGUUAAUGCAGGAAGAACUAACUGAAGACAGUGAACCCAGAACUACCACUUCAGUUUCAAAUAACUCAUCGCUUCCAAAUUCUCCACUUGAUCAAUCUUUUAAGGAACUGAGCUGUGUGCCAACAAAAUACUCUGAAACUGACUUGGAGGAUAUAAGUGUGAACAGUGAAAAUUUUCAGAAAAAUCAAAAUGAAAGCAAGUUAGAUACUGAAAAUACAGUGGAUGUCUCUCAGCAAGCCAUGGAUGAAUUUGAGGACAAUUUAGAUGCUGUUGCAGGAGAUAAAGAAAUCAUGGAUGGUAAGCUUUCAGAUAAUACUGUAAAACAAGAUCAGGAAAAUGAGGACCCACUAAAAGACUUAGAAGAAAAUCUGGAAUUGGAUUACAUAUCUGAGAUUGUGGCACAUGAUACUCCUAAAUAUCCAGAAACAGUUUUGGGAGGCUUGGUUGACCAAGCUAAAGUCACCAGCAAUAUUCAUUCAGAGCUCACUGUGAAAAGUACAGAGGAUUCUGCUACCAAACACAAACUUAUGCUUAUUGAAGACCAACAAAACACGUGUUUCAUAGCAGAAGGAGAUGUGGAGGCUUUAGAUCAGACAAGUAAGGAUGGCCGCCUGUAUGAUUCAAAGGAAACCUUGAUCAGCAGUCCACUUGGAAUAACCGCUAACCUUGGUCAGACGGAUAAAGGUGGGAGCCUUGUAGAAGGUAGUGAACACAACCCUACUGACACCAAUCUUCAGGACACUUCUCUGACCACAGAUGAGCAAAUUGAUGCUGGCUUUAACUUCAAAGGGAACAAAAGAAAACUUGGAUCUAGUCGUAGAAAAAAAGGAAGACAAGAUGUUAAAGAAUCUAAACAGGAUGUUUUAGAAAAUAAUGGAGGAGAAAAAGCCAUUGAUACAUCGCCAGUGUUGUUUAAAGUAAAGACGUCUGAGCAGGAAGAACUAAGUAAAGCCAGUGAGGAGGAAAUCUUUUGGUCACAUAGCAUCUCCAUAUCACAUGUUCUUUCUUCUGAGGAUCAAACCCCUGAGGUAAAAGAAGGGCCCGGCACACACUUGAAAGGUUUAAUUAUGAAAUGUGAAAAUCAUCAAGAAGAUGUAGAAAAAAGAAAUUUAAAUGUUUUGGUUCAAGAUGGUAAACAAUCAGAGGAUUUAUCAUUGAGUCAAUAUAAAGCUCACAAUGAAGAUACUAGAGAUGCUGGUUUAGAGGAAUUUAUGAUGGAACACCCAGAAGAAGUUCAUUCAAUAACAAUGCAAGACAGUCUUCAAAUGGGAUAUUAUUCUGAAACUUCAACUAAUAUUAAUAAAACAUUUGACAUUAUGUCUGAAAAUCUGACUGAACAAAAUGAAAGGUCUCAGUCUACAGUAAAAUAUAUUGAUGAUAUUACAGAAAAACAGGAAGAAUGUCCUACAGAAGAAAUGAUCUCAGAGACUCUAGAUCUGAAAAGUGGAGAAAUAGAACAGGAUGACACAAAACCCAAAGUUGAUCAAAUAUUUCAAGAGAAGGAAGGAAUGUUCUGUGAAAUGGAGGAAAACAAACCUGUUUUUUCAAACGUUCAAAUCGAAACAGUUUCUUUGGAUCCCAAGCCUCAGGAACCGUCUGAAAGCACAGAAGAGCAAAUUAACACAGACUUCUCCAGCAGAGCCAGCAGACGAAAAUUGGGAUCCAGUCGUAAAGGUAAAGCAAGACGACAAGUUGACGAAUUUAAAGAUGAGGUCAGUGAGAAGACCAGAGUAGAUGAAGUAGAUGAAACCCACAGAACAACACAGAUCUCAUUAGAUACAAAGACAAUCAGCCAUGAAGAAAAAAGACAAGACAUGGAGCAGGAUGCAGCCUUAUUGGUUUCUAAUGACAACUCGUUUUCAGUGUUUGCUUGUGGUGAUUCAUCUGAAGUUCAAGACCCAAUACAAAAGAACCAUCCUGAGGUUGAGCUGAACAGUUUAAUUCAAGGAAUUGUAAAUUGUCCAGAGAAUCAAAAUCAAUCUGAGUUUCUGCAGAGUAAAGACAAGACUCUUCAGAAUAAAGAAGUCAUGAGCCCUGAACAUUCAGAUAAUGCUGUAAUACAAGCUCAUGAACAUGACAACACACCAACAGACAUAGAAAGAAGUUUGCAAAUGGAUUCCUCAUCUGAAACUGUGACACAUGGUGUUCAUACUCACGGCUCAAUAUCUGCUCCUGGGCUUUCAUCUGAAUUUCAAAGCUCUAUGGGAAACAACCAUCCUGAGACUGACCUGAAGAGCUUAAUUAAAAAAAAUAAGCCAGGUGAUCAUGAUGGAAUAGAUUUAUCUGAUAAUUCUGAGGAAGAUUCUUUAUUGGAUAAAUCUGACUUUUUGCAGUGUAAAGACAGGGCUCUUCAGAAUAAAGUAAUUGGUGGUGAGCUUUCAGAUAAUGCUGUAAAACGUGCUCAGGAAAAUGAGGAUCUGCCAACAAACACAGAAGGAAAUCUGGAAAUGGAUUACACACCUGGGACUGUGGCACAUAAUGUUUUAAAAUAUCCAGAAACUGCUUUGGAAGGAGUGAUUGACCAAGCUGAAAUCAGCAGUAAAAUUCAUUCAGAGCUCACAUUGAAACAUACAGCGGAUUCUGGUACAGAACAGGAACUACUACCUGCUGAAGACCAACAAAACUUGUGUUCCACAACAGAAAGAAAUCUAGAGGCUUUAAAUCAGACAAGUAAGGGUGAUCACCUGUAUAUUUCAAAGGAAACAUCAAUCAGUGGCCCAAUUGGAGGAAACACCACCCUUGGUUACAUGGAUGAAGGUGGGACCCUUGAAGAAGGUAGUGAACACAACUCUAACGUUCAGGACAGUUCUGUCAGCACAAAUGAACAAACAAAUGAUGGCUUCAGCUUCAAUGGGAGCAGAAGAAAACUGGGGUCUAGUCGUAGAAAUAAGGGAAGACCAGGUUUUAAAGAAUCCAGGCAGGAAGUUUUUGAAAAUCACAGAAGCGAUGAAACUCCCCAGACUCCAACAAUAUCAGUAGAAACAAGGGGGUCAGAGCUUGAAGAGCUGAGUGAAGAUAUUGAACAUAAAAUUAUCUUGUCUCUUUCACAAGACUUGUCUUCAGUAUCACCACACAUUCCUUCUUCUGAGAAUCAGAUGUCUGUGUUAAAAAAUGACUCUGAUACAAACCUGCAGAUUUUAAUUCUUAAAAAUGAAUAUUUUGGAGACAAAGGUGAAAGAAAGUUAGAGACAGAAGUUGAAAUGAUUGAGAAAUCAAUGAAUGUUCUACAUCAAGAGGUGGGUCAGUCUGACAAUGUUCACAGCGAAGACACCAGAGAUGCUGAACCAGAGGAUGCUCUUAGGGAAGUGGAGAAAAUUGAGUUUCACACAACGCAGAUGCAAGAUAAUAUUCAGACCGAAUGUUAUUCUGAAACUGUUGUUGGUAAUGUUUCAGAAAAUGAGGAAGUUAUCCCUGAAAACCUGACUGAUCAAACUGGAAUGUCUGAGCUCACUGUGAAAGCACCUGAUGUUUCUGCAACAAAAGAGGAAACAUAUUGUGUAAAGAAAAAUUACCCCGAGAACUUAGAUGUGAAAAAUGAAGAUAACAAUAAACCACAAGUCACUGACUUAGAAAAAACUAACUCUGUUCCAACUGAGAUGAAUGAGUUCGAAGGGAGAAUAUCUGAUGAUACAAAACCUAACACUGGUUUUGUAGUUGAUCUUGAAAUGCGAGGACUCUGUGAAAUGAAAGAGAAUAGCUCUGCUUGGUUAAAUGCUCAAACAGAUAUGGUUUCUUUUGACUCCCAGACUCAUGAAUUAUCUCAGAAUGUUGAUGAACAACUGAACAAGGGCAUUUAUAAUACUAGCAACAGACGAAAACUGGGUUCCAGCCGAAGAAUUAAAGGAAGACACCAAGUUAAAGAGUCUAAAGAAGAGGGUAAAGAAAAUACAGUCGGGAGAUGAAACCCUGAACCUAUCUGAAACAAAAAUGGCAUGUGAGGAACUAAAGCAAGACCUUUUGUCACCUGACAGCUCAGUGCUUGCUCCUGGCAAUUCAUCUGAUGUUCAAAGCUCAAUGUUAAACAACUACUCUGAAACUGACUUGAAGAGUUUAAUUCAAGAAAGCCAAUCAGAAGAUCAAGAUGAAUCAGAAACAGGUCAUGUUAAGUUAUCUCAUAAAUCAGAAGAAGACACUUUAUUGGAUAAAUCUGAUGUACAAGAAAGUCAUGAUCAGACUCUUCAGAGUAAAGUUAUGGGUCCAGGAUGUUCAGAUAAUGCUGAAGAACAAGCUGAAGAACAUGAGAACUUACCAGCAGACAUAGAAGUAUGUCUGCAAACGGAUUACACAUCUGAAACUGUUGCACAUGAUAUUCCCACAUAUCCAGAGAGUGAUUUGGGAAAUACGAUUGACCAAGCUGAAAUCAUCAACCAUAGCCAGUCAGACCUCACCACAAAAGGUUACGCUUAUUCUAAUACCAAAGACGAACUUAUAUCUGCUGAAGGCCAACAAAACCUGUGUUUCACAACACAAGGAAAUUUGGAGGCUUUAGAUCAGACAAGUAAGGAUGAGCACAUUUUUGAUUCAAAGGAAACAUCGAUCAGCAACCCAGUUGGAGUCAACAGUACCCUGAGUCAGAUGGGUAAAGGUGGGAUUCUUGUAGAGAGUAUUACGCAAAAUCCUAAAGAGACCAGACAUCUGGAUAAUUCUCUGACCACAGAUGAGCAAACUGAUGCUGGCUCACAUGGGAGCAGAAGAAAGCUGGGGUCUAGCCGGAGAAAAAAGGGAAGACAACAGGGUAAAGAAUCUCAAGAGGAAGUUUUGGAAAAUACAAGCGGUGAUAAAACUUUUGAAAUGCCUAUAAUGUCAUUAGAAACGAAGGCAGUAGAGCAGGAAGAACAGAGAGAAGAAACUAAGCAUGAAAUUAUCUUGUCUGUUUCACAUGACAGCUCCAUGUCUCUAAUUCCUCCAGUUAUUUCUUCUCAUGAUCAGAGCACCACUGUGCCAACAAAUUAUCCUGAUGAAGAUGUGCAGAGUUUAACUCUGAAAAAUGAAAAUAUUCAUGAAGAUGCAGAUGACACAAAAUCUGAUGUUUUAACUUCAGAUGAGGCAAAACAAAAUGUUUUUCAUGGAGACCCCAGAAAUACUGUUUCAGAAAAUGUUGUGCAUGAAGAAGUUCAUUCAACACAAAUUCAAGACAGUGUGCAAACCGAUUCAGAUAAAAUUUUUGCAGAUGAUGCUGCAGAGAAUGUUGACAUUAUUUCCAGAGCUCUUACUGAUAAAACUGAAGAAUCUGAGAUCAACAUGAACAGUAUUGAUAAUAUUACAUCAAUACAGAAAGCAUGCCCUUCAAAAGAAAUCAUCUCAGCAGCUCCAGGUCUGAAAAAUGAAGAAACAAUCCAGCAGGAUGUACAACCCAACACUGAUCAUAUAGUUAAUCAGAACAAUGAAGGACUCUUCCUUCAAAUGACGGGGAAAAAAAUUGCUAUGUCAAACUUGCAGUCAGAAAAUGUUUCAUCAGGUUCCCAUCCUCUGGAUUCCUCUGAGCGUGUAGAAGAACAGACAAAAGUGGACGUCCACAGCAGAAGAAAACUAGGAUCCAGUCGUAGAAAUAAAGGCAGGGGUAAUGCAAAAGAUAUAGGUCAACCUAUAACAGAGGUUGACCUCAAUGCAAGUAUGAAUGAACUUGGUGAAAAAACAACAGAGACAGUAGCACAGGACCAGGAACCUUUAAUGGGAAUUGUGCUGGAUGAAACAGAGGAAAAUGACUCUUCUCAGACUAAAGAUGCAAAUAUAAGCACUUCUUUUUGCAUGACUGUAGGCAUGCAGCUAUCACCCAUUGUUGAUCAAGAGGAUAGUGACACAUCAUGUUGCACGCAGGUUACAGAUAAGGAAGUACCCAAACACCACAGCAGAGAUCAUGAUGAAUACAGAGAGCUGCAGGAUGGAAAUUUACAGGAAAACACAUCAUUGCCUGAACCACAUGCAGGUCCUCCUCCAGCCGAAUUGCAUGCAGAAAAAAACAGCAGCUGUGAACAUACAGAACCUGAAAGUGGGGAUGGGGAUGCUUUCAAGAAAGCUUUUGAACAGGAGAUCGAGCCUGAACAGAACCAAAAGAUGCUUGAAGCAACUGAAAAAGAGAGAGAUGAUAUUACAGAAUAUCCUGAGGCAUUUUCCAGAAAUUUGUUCAGUGAAAAUGAAAAGAAUUCAAUGAAUGAGAUAACUGAAAUAUUGCAGCCAGAUAAAAAUGUACAAAGUGAACAGCUUAGUGAACCACCGGAAAGAACCACAGAAAAAGGGAGCAGCAUGCAAAAUGCUCAAGUUGUGUACAGCAUUGAGCAAGGCGCUGUUUCAUCGCCACAAGAAAUGUUUUGUACUGAUGGGGAAGAGCAUCGACACAUAAUUUUAUCUAUGGCUGCAGAAACUCAUUAUCUACUUGAUAUUCAAAGUAAAGAACAGAAAGAGCAGAAUAAAACAGGACAAAUGCAGGAAAUGCAUCAGAUCUCAUUUCCAAAUGACAAGUCUCGCAGAGAAACAAUUCAGUCAGAUAAAGAUGUUACUUUGGACUCUCAUCCUCAGGACAAUUAUCAAGACCUGAAAGAUGACGCUCACCCAGGCCUCAAAGCAUCAGGAAACAGGAGAAAACUAGGGUCAAGUCGGAGAACUAAAGGAAGAAAACAUGGCCAAGUUAAUGAGCAAAACCAAGAAAACAAAGACGAAGCUUUAGAAAACACAGGAGAUGAUGAAACACCAAAAAUAUUAGCUGGAAGACAGGAAGAAUUAGAAAACUUCAUACUGCCUAAAACCUUAGCAACAUUUAGCUCACCUGUGACUGAAAAGCUGCUGGAGGAAAACACAGUUUCUUCACAUGUUUUGGAGGACAGCACAAUUGCAAAAUCAGAUUUUAAUUCAAACUCAAACCAAGAAAAUGCAAUAAAAUCCAAUGUAGAAACAAAAGAAAAAGAUGCAAAACUUAUUGAUGAGACUGAGGAUUCGACUCAGCUUACAGGACAUGACACAAACAAAACGGGUUUGAUGCAAUCAGGCCAAGACUCUGUAUUGAGCAGUGACUCAGAUAUGCACAGUAUCUUAUUUCAUGAUGGCGUUAUCAGCCCAAAGUCAGAAAGUGUUCAUGUCAUUCAUCAAGAAGAAGCCUUACAAAGACAAAAGAGAGAAGCUUUAUCUCGCGAAAAAGACCCAUUGGGAGCCGAAGUCCAUUUGAAAGAGACAAACAAAGAGAUCGAAACAGCUGGAUUUAUAACAGAAGUCUGCAGUUCACAGGUGGAAAGCUCAAUGGAUUUGCAAAAUCCUGAAAAGGGUGAAGUGGAAGGGAAAUAUAUGUAUGCCAGAAAGCAGAAAAAUACUUCAAAUGAGUUCGUUUCUGCUUUGCAGGAGCCAGCUAUGGAUGCAUCAUACGAAGGAGGAAUUUCUACAACAAUAAACCCACUGAAGAGUCAAGGAGAAAAACCUCAAGAAACAUCAAAACAGAAGAAGAGAAAGAUUGGAUCUUCUCGCAGGAUUCCAUUGAACAGAAAACGAGAUGGUGAGAGACAUGAGAGAGAUGAGGCAGAAGAAAGUGACUUUAGCGCAAAAGCUGAGAUGACGAAUCUGAGCGAGAUGGAGGUUGUGGGGAAAGUACUGGUAAAUGAAGAAGUGCUACAAGGUAAAGAUGUGCAACCACAACAAGAAGCUUCAUUGCAACAAGAAACUCCAGAAACCGAAACUGGUGAUGGGCUACAAAGCAGUAACACGAGCCUGGCUUUCCCUCCUGAACAAUCUGCUUCCAUAGAUCUUAUUUUAGAAACACCAAAACCAGAUGAUUUUACCAACAGUCAGGCCCAAAUAUGCUCAGAGGAUACAGAAAGAAAGAGGAGCUCAUUAAAUCAGCCAGUGUCUGCAAACACUGGCACCCCAGGAGGGAGCUUAGAGUGUACACAAGGAGAUGAGCGCAGUCCUGAGAGCAUAGAGGUAAGCCAAGUCCAAGAUGUUCAAGAGCAAAUGCCAAGUAGCAUGAUUGAAAGCAUUCACAGUCAAAAUCCUGGAAUGAGGAAUGGAAGUCCGGAUUUAACUCCAACCAACAGGAGAAGAAAAAUGGGCUCUACUCGUAAAAAUCUAGGAACACGGACCAAACAGGAAAUCCUAGAACCAGAAAAGGAAUCCACAGAUACUGUAUUGCCUUCUGGAGAUGUAACUGUGGCAAGUGUCUCAGGAAAGAAAGAAACAGAACUACAGCUUCACACAGAACACACAGAUGACAACACUUAUCAAGAAAAACAGAAAGAAACUGUGGAAAUCAGCCAAUUUGGUGAGUCUUUACUAAGAGCUCUGGCUGAGGAGGAGAAGGCCGAAGAAUCUUCAAUCUCACAGACCCAAACAGCAGAAACAAGACGACAGUGGAAUCCAAGUGAACUUUCAUCCAGCCCUUCCAAUGACGGCAAAUCAGAAUCAGCCUUUGGAGGGAGGAGGAAAAAAUUUGGAUCAAAUCGGAAGUCAGGGUUACAACAAAGAAAACCCGACCAAAAUGCACAAAAUGAAGAUGAAGCUGGAGGACUGAUAGAGGGAAGUGCUCUCAAGGCAGCUGAGGGAGAAGAAUCAUUGGGGCUGAGAAAAAUAUCAGAGGUUGAUGAAAAUGGGCAGACACCAUCUUCCUACACUGAUAUUUUAGAAGCUACAAGGUCUUCAGAAUCUAUGAGGGACAAGACACCAGAGAAACUUGUCCAUCGUAAUAUCCGCUUGGAUCAAGAGAGUGGGAGUCAGCUUUCUUUUGGUACUACUAGUGGCGCAGAUAAAUCAGACGGCUACAACGUGGUGAUGAUUGGAGAGAGCUGCGUUGGAAAGACUUCUUUCAUGAAAAGAGCUCAGAGUGGGAAGUUUUCUUUAGACAUUCCUGCCUCUGUUGGCCUUGAUUCCUGCAAGUGGACUGUGGUAGUAGAUGGAAAACCUGUGGUUCUACAUUUAUGGGAUACAGCAGGUCAAGAAAGGUUUCACAGCAUCACCAGACAAGUGUACCACAAAGCCCAGGCUUUUCUCUUGAUGUAUGACAUCACUUCCUCUCAAAGUUUUUCAGCAGUCAGCUACUGGGCUAACUCCAUUCAGGAAGCUGCUGCCGGAGACGUGACUGUUUUGCUCCUGGGAAACAAAAGCGAACACGCAAAGCGACAAGUUAAAAUGGAGCAGGGUGACAUCCUUGCUAAGGAAUAUAACUUUGAAUUCAUGGAGUGCAGCGCUGCCACAGGUGAAAAUGUGAUAGAGGCUUUGGAGGCAGUGGCCAGGAUGCUGAGUCAGAGAGCUGACCUGCUAAGUGAGGAAGUCACCGUUUUACACAAAGAGCCGGCGCAGAGGAAGAGCUCAAAAUGUUGCUGAACAGAUGCGUUUGUUUCACAAACAAAGCAAGAGGUGAUAUCCUGCAAAUAGUGGAGAUAAUUUCCUGAGUAGACUGUACCUAACAAGAUGUAUAUAAAGUUACUAGAACUUAAUUUCUCUUUCUUAUAAUUGCUUGUAUUAUGCAGAAUGGGGAUUUUAUUGUGAAACAAAACCAAAAAAAGUAAGUAAUGGGCUUUCAAAUGUGGUGUUUCAUAUAUUUUUUAUAACUCAAUUGUAUGGAGUAAAAGGGAAUUUUAAAAGUUAUUUUUACUGUGCAUCAAGGUUCUCUGGGUUCAUUUUUUGUGUCUUGUGAAGCAAAAAGAACCAGGUUUUUUUUUUGUAUUUGUUCUCAUAAACUCUGUUCUGAAUUGUGUUUUAAAUAAUAUUUUUGGCACACAUCCUCCUUGCAGUGGUCCCAGCUGCCAGGUUGCUCAGAUAAUCAAUUCAUUUCAUUCCCACUAUGAUUAAAAGCAGUGGCUUGUAAAAAUAUUUUUCAGUCCAAACGUAGCUUUUCUUUUUUAUUACACUGAUGUGCAUUUCUAGUAUAACCCAUGCCGAUGAGAAACCCAGAGACGCAAUCAAUCACACAAUAAAAUUGUUCUAAUCUCAUGUUCUAUUCUCAAUAAACUCCCACUUCAACAAUU